CAUUUGUAAUGACGUCAUCAUUUGAUGCGUACACAUGGUGGUUGCAUUUUUGUACGCACGCUUGGUUUCCGGUUUUCGCUUGCUUCGACUAAAACAAAGGUUCUGUUUUUAAAAAGUCUUGAGUAUGCAGCCUUCACCUCAACGAUAUCCUUCACCGGGGCCCCCAAUCCGUCCACCUUAUUCACAACCUGGAUAUGGAGCAGGCCCAAGACCAAGUUACCCACCACCACCAGGUUCCAUGGGAAUGCCACCUAGAAUGGGUAUGCACACUGGUAUGCCACCCCAUCAUGGCUUCAGCUCUUCUGCCACAACCCCUCCUCCCUCAACUGUCUCAACUGGCAGCAACACUGGCAGUGGCUCAAAGGGCUCAAGCUCCACCAAGAACAAAGAAACCUCCACAAUGCCACGUGCAGGCAUGUCUCAGGGUAUGCCCCCUCCUCCCAGCAUUCAAGGAGGUAUGGACCGCAAACGGCCACCACCACCAGAUCUUCGUGUGCAAGCUGCUCAGCAGAUGAAAGCGAAGAAAAAGAAGAAAAUUGCAGACAAAAUCCUAACCCAGAGAGUACGCGAUCUGGUACCAGAGUCACAGGCAUACAUGGAUCUCCUGGCAUUCGAAAGAAAGUUGGAUGCUACCAUAAUGCGCAAACGUCUUGACAUUCAAGAGGCACUGAAACGGCCAAUGAAGCAAAAGCGAAAGUUGAGGAUAUUCAUCUCCAACACAUUCUUUCCUCCAAAAGAAGGAGAGGAUGGAGAAGAAUCUGUUCCUUCAUGGGAACUAAGAGUAGAAGGGCGUCUUCUUGAGGAUGCAGCAACAGCCAAGCUGAGUGAUGCCAAUAAAGUCAAGCGGAAAUUUUCUUCCUUCUUUAAGAGUCUUGUGAUUGAACUGGACAAAGAUCUUUAUGGACCUGAUAAUCAUUUGGUAGAGUGGCACAGAACUCCAACCACUCAGGAGACCGAUGGAUUCCAGGUGAAGCGACCUGGGGACCAGAAUGUCAAAUGCACUGUACUCCUAAUGCUGGACUAUCAGCCGAUGCAGUUCAAGCUGGACCCACGUUUGGCACGUUUGUUGGGUAUACACACUCAGACCCGCCCAGUUAUCAUCAAUGCCCUUUGGCAGUACAUUAAGACACACAAAUUACAAGAUCCUUAUGAGAGGGAGUUUAUCAACUGUGACCGAUACCUUGAACAGAUUUUUGACUGCAAGCGAAUGAAGUUUGCUGAAAUCCCUUCUAAACUGCACCCUCUUCUGAUGCCACCAGAUCCCAUUGUUAUCAACCAUGUGAUUACCUGGCGCGACAAGGGUAUUCCAUGGAACAAAAGUUUGACAUCAUCUGUAAGGCUCGAGGGUCCUGAUGCAAAGAAGACAGCUUGCUAUGAUAUCGAUGUUGAAGUGGAUGAUACACUAAAACAGCAGAUGAACUCCUUCCUGUUGUCAGCUCAAAGCCAACAGGAAAUCAGUUCUUUGGACAACAAGAUUCACGAGACUGUAGAAACCAUCAACCAGCUAAAAACUAACCGUGAGUUCUUCUUAAGCUUUGCUCGUGAUCCUCAAGAAUUCAUGAACAACUGGCUCAUCUCUCAGACUAGAGAUCUGAAGACCAUGACCGAUGUGGUGGGUAACCCUGAAGAAGAACGCAGGGCUGAUUUCUUUUACCAACCAUGGUCACAAGAGGCUGUGUGUCGGUAUUUCUAUGGCAAGGUUCAGCAACGCAGAAUGGAGCUGGAACAGGCUCUUGGAUUGCGCAACACAUAAGUGUAACAAAACACAGUUGGAUAAAGUUUGUGAAGAUU